CCAAAAUCCAAAGGCAAUUUUUGUAUAUAUAUAGUUUGUGAAUAAGCUUUUACACAUUCAUUUCCCUUACAAAAUUCUAUUCCUUUCUUCUUUCUUCUUCCUCCACCGUCACUAAGAAAAAAUACCAAGGAAAAUGAGCGGCCACUCCGGCAACGACGACCCCAAAGCUCCCCUCCUCGCGGUGGUCGUCCACCCUCCGCCCAACUCCGACGAACCCGGGCCGGCCGGACCGGCCACGUGUCAGUCCCUGAUUUCCUGCCUGCUGACUCCCAACAGCUUCUACAUCCUGCUGGGCCCGCUCCUGUGCGCCAUGAUCUGCCUGCUGGUGAAGCUGCAGCCGGGGGACGGCGGCGGCUCUUCUUCCUCGUCGGCGGCGGCGACCAGCCGGAACAUGCUGGCGGUGCUGGCCUGGAUGUUCGCCUGGUGGCUGACGGAGGCCGUCCCGAUGCCCAUCACCUCCAUGGCGCCGCUCUUCCUCUUCCCGCUCUUCGGCAUCGCCGCCGCCGAUGACGUGGCCUCCUCGUACAUGGAUGACGUCAUCGCCCUGGUGUUGGGGAGCUUCAUCCUCGCCCUCGCCGUCGAGCAUUACAACAUUCACCGCCGGCUGGCCUUGAAUAUAACGUUGCUGUUCUGCGGGGACCCACUGAACCCGCCGCUCCUCCUCCUCGGGAUAUGCGCCACCACCGCGUUCAUCAGCAUGUGGAUGCACAACGUGGCGGCGGCGGUCAUGAUGAUGCCGGUGGCCACCGGGAUCCUCCAGCGCCUGCCGGAGUCCGGCCCGGGGCAGUCGCCGGCGGUGAGCAAGUUCUGCCGGGCGGUGGUGCUGGGGGUGAUCUACUCCGCCGCCGUGGGAGGGAUGAGCACGCUGACGGGGACAGGUGUCAACCUGAUAUUGGUCGGGAUGUGGAAGAGCUACUUCCCGGAGGCGGACCCCAUCAGCUUCAGCACGUGGCUGUUCUUCGGCGUCCCGUUGGCCUUGGUCAUCUUUUUGUUCCUGUGGGCCAUUCUCUGCUUGUUGUAUUGCCCGAAGGGAUCCGGCCCAAUUCUCUCGGCUUACCUGGAUAAAGCCCAUCUCAAAAGAGAACUCACACUCUUGGGUCCAAUGGCGUUUGCAGAGAAGAUGGUUUUAACUGUGUUUGGGAUGUUGAUUGCAUUAUGGAUGACUAGAAGCAUAACGGAUGACAUCCCUGGCUGGGGAGUCCUCUUCAAUGAUCGUGCUGGCGAUGGAACUGUCAGUGUCAUGAUGGCAACGCUGCUCUUCAUAAUCCCGAGCAACAAGAACAAGGGCGAGAAGCUGAUGGACUGGUCGAAAUGCAAGAAGCUCCCGUGGAACAUAGUCCUCCUCCUCGGGGCAGGAUUCGCCAUCGCCGACGGGGUUCGAACCAGCGGGCUGGCCGAGAUUCUGACCAAAUCGCUGGACUUCCUCGAGCAAGCGCCGUACUGGGCGAUCGCGCCGCUCGUGUCCCUGAUUGGGGCGUUCAUAACCGAAUUCACCUCCAACAAUGCCACGACUACUCUUUUGGUGCCUUUGCUCAUCCAAAUCGCCAAGACUAUGCAUGUUCAUCCGCUGCUCCUGAUGAUCCCUGGCGCCAUUGGAGCUCAAUUCGCGUUCUUGCUCCCCACGGGAACACCUUCCAACAUCGUCGGGUUCACGACGGGACAUAUUGAGAUCAAGGACAUGAUCAAAGUUGGGAUCCCUCUUAAGAUUACUGGGAUUGUUGCUCUCUCCGUUUUGAUGCCUACCCUUGGAACAUGGGUCUUUGGGAUACAUGGAGAAAUCUAAUAGGUGUUGGAGGAGGGUCUGCUGAAGAAGAUUUUAUAUGAUAGUUUGUAUAGAGAGUGGAUGAAGGGGGGAAAAAUUGCUCUUGUUAGGGUUCAUUAAAUGGUUUAUUGCUUACUUUUAAUGUUGUUGUAAUUAAUUUUUGCCUUCUCAAGUUUAUAGGUGAAGAUAUUGUUACAAUAUAUAUAUACAUUUGUUUAUUUCUUCAAUUGGUUUUAAAACAGGACUAUAAUUGCUGGUACAAGGACUUAGAUAUUUUGGAACCAUCAUAAAAAAACCUACACUUCGACACUGUUGCUAGCAACAACCAAACAUUAAUUC